AUGGAAGUGUCAGGACGUACAAAAUCCAACCAGGAAGAUGGAAAAGAAAACAUCAUAUGCCAACCGUGCCACGGUGACGGCGAUAAUGUACCAGCAGAGGGAUACUGUGAAACCUGUAAUGAAUAUUUUUGUUCGUCAUGUCUAAAAUUUCAUCGUAAACAGUCUGUAAGCAAGAAUCACGUGAUCAGAUCUAAAGCUGAAAUGCCAAGGGUCCAGAUUCAGACCGAUCCAUGUUCUGAGCUCUGUGCUGUCCACAAAACCGAGAUAGUGAAAUUCUAUUGCCAAGUACACAACUUAGUGGGAUGUAGUGAUUGUAUGGUGUUGGAACAUAAAUCCUGCAAGGUUCAGUUAGUUUCUGAUGUAUCCGGUAACUAUGGCAACAGUGAUGAACUUGAGCAAAUAAAGAAGAAGAUAGAAGAUCUCCGAAAAGAUAUAUCAGCCUCAAAACAUGAAAUAAAGCGAAGUUUGCAAGUUGCUGAGGAGGUGAAGAUCAAAAUUAUCAAAGAUAUAAAAUCCUAUCGCAGAGAAAUGAACAGUUACCUAGAUCAUGUUGAAACAGAUCUUAUACAAGAAGUUGAAAAGCUAAAUACUAAUGAUGUUUCUCAACAAAGUCAGUUUCUAGACGAAUGUAAAGCCAUGGAAAACGAAAUUAAUGAUUUUCAGGAUAAACUAGACAAAUAUGCCGACAAGAUUAAUCAGUUGUUUGUAACAGCAAAAUUGGCACGGAUGAAAAUAGAAGAAUUUCAAAAGGAUUCAGAAAAUCUUGCUUCAAGAAGUCAAAUAAAUGUGUGCAAGUUCGAGCCUUGCAAAGAAAUGGAAUCACUAAAACGAAACCAGACACAAUUAGGACACAUUGCGACACAAACGCAGGCAUUUACUGUACACAGAAAGAAAUAUUUAGUCGAUAUGAAGGCACACUAUGAGAAGAAGCUCGAUGUAAAAACUACUGGUGACAUUAGUAUUUGCUGGAUUACAGGAUUAGCAAUGCUUUCUCCUGAUGAGCUUCUGCUUGUGGAUUAUCAAAAUGAUUCUCUGAAGGUUCUGAAUGUAAGAGACAAUACGAUCACAACAAGGUAUAAAACACCUGGUGAGCCAUGGGAUGUAACAGUGAUAAAUUCUGGAACUGUUGCAGUCACCUUACUCAAUAAAGGGAAAAUUUUGUUUAUGAGCACCAAAAACGGACUAUCUGAAAGCCACAGCCUGGAAGUUAGAAAUGGAUGCAGAGGGAUUGAUCAUCAUAAUGGUGUCAUUGCAGUGUCCUUUAUCGGCCCACCAGCUGUCCAGAUACUGAACAUGAAAGGUGACAUUCUACAUGAAGUCAAAGAUACGAGCAUGUUUCAGCGUCCAGAGUACAUAGCUUUCAGAGGUGAUAAGAGUAUUGUUGUGUCUGACUGUGGUAAACAUGCAGUGUAUGAGCUAACAGUAGAUGGGCAACUAAAAGCAACGAUGACGAGUGAGAAUCUUAAAUCACCAGGAGGACUUGCAGUGACCAGCAAUGGAACUGUUGUUGUUUGUGAUCAAGGUAACAGCGGAAGGGUGAGCAUGAUAAUACCAGAUACAAGAGAAAUUCUGCCUCUCUUUGUGCAGCAUGACCAGAAACCAUCGUCAAUUCUUGUUUGUGAAGAAAGCAACAAACUGUUUAUAUGUGAAGACAGUAGUUCUGAUGAUUGUAAUUAUAUAAAAAUGUAUAAUCUAAAAUAG